AUGGCGAAAUCAUAUGAAACUGAGCACCCUGUGAAGGCUUUCGGAUGGGCCGCCAGAGAUACUUCUGGGGUUUUUUCUCCUUUCAACUUCUCAAGAAGAGAAACUGGUGAACAUGACGUGGAGUUCAAAGUUAUGUACUGUGGGGUUUGCCACUCGGAUCUUCAUAUGGCCAAGAAUGAGUGGGGCUAUACUCAGUAUCCAAUUGUACCUGGGCACGAGAUUGUGGGGGUCGUAACCAGAGUAGGCCCCAAGGUCGAGAAAUUCAAGGUCGGCGACAAAGUCGGUGUCGGGUGCAUGGUCGGAUCUUGCAAGCAAUGCGACCAAUGUGCAAACAAUCUCGAAAAUUACUGCUCGAAAGCAAUACAAACAUACAGUCAGGUUUACGUGGAUGGGAGCAUCACGUACGGUGGCUACUCGGACAUCAUGGUGGCCGACGAGCACUUUGUCAUCAGUUGGCCCGAGAAUCUUCCCCUCGACAUUGGGGCCCCACUCCUCUGUGCUGGCAUCACCACUUACAGCCCGUUGAGGUACUUCGGGCUCGACAAGCCGGGCUUGAAUGUCGGUGUCGUGGGCUUGGGUGGGCUCGGCCAUGUGGCCGUCAAAUUCGCAAAAGCGUUUGGGACUAAAGUGACGGUCAUUAGCACGUCAUUGAGCAAGAAAAAGGAGGCCAUUGAGAAUCUUGGCGCGGACAAGUUUUUGGUUAGUCGUGACCCGGACCAAAUGAAGGCUGCAGAAGGCACAUUGGAUGGAAUUAUCGAUACAGUCUCUGCAGAUCAUCCCAUCCCGCCUUUAUUGAGUUUGUUAAAGCCGAACGGGACGCUUGUCAUGGUUGGGGUCCCAGAAAAGCCUCUCGAGAUUCCGGUUAUGCCCCUUAUUAUGGGAAGGAAAGGAGUGUUUGGAAGUGCGAUCGGGGGAAUUAAGGAGACACAAGAAAUGCUCGACUUUGCGGCCGAGCACAAUAUACUGCCUGAUGUCGAGAUUAUCUCUAUGGAUUACAUCAACACCGCUAUGGAACGUCUGCUCAAGUCUGACGUUAAGUAUCGUUUUGUGAUCGACAUUGCAAAAUCUUUGAAACCCGAGUAG